UUGAAUAAAAAAAAAAAAAAAACAAAAUGAAAUUAAUAAUAAUAAUUGGUAUAACAAUAUUAGUUAUUAUUGAUAGUGCAAGUGCAAUCUCAAAUUUAGAACAAAAUGAAAAAUUAAUACGAAAAAGACGUUCUUUCGGUGGGGGACUUGGUGGUUUAGGAGGUGGACUUGGUGGUUUAGGCGGUGGUCUUGGUGGUUUAGGUGGUGGUGGCGGACUUGGUGAUAUUACUAGUAAACUGGGAGGAUUACUUGGAGGAGGUGGAGGUGGAAUAGGAAAUAUUGGUGGAGCUGUCGGGGGUCCAGGAGGAGGCGCUGGAUUAGGAAAUAUUUUUGGGUUACUUCAAAGCAAAUUGGGUGGACUUGGUGGUGGUUUAGGUGGAAUAGGCGGUGGUGGUGGUGGUGGUGGUGGUGGUGGUAUAAGUAGAGCUGCUGCUAUAGAAGAACAUUCUGAAAUUGCUUCUGCUAAUAAUCAUGGUGUUGGACAUAGUCCUCCUAUAAAAACUAUUUACGUAAUUCAUAGCUAUAAUGGCAAUAGCGGUGGUAAUGGGCAUCAUGGAACUGAUUAUACACAAACUAACGCAAUUGGAGGUGGCUAUCAAACAGGUCAUCAUGGUUGGUAA